AUUUGCCCAUCAGAAAUAGGGUCUUCCUCCAGGGUUGGACCCCGGAGAGUUUGGGCCUUUCCUACAAUCAUUGACCCUCACUGUGUCCAAAGGAGCAGAACUAGGUAACAGUCUUCCCACUACCAAUCCUCUUCCCGAGGGCAUGUAAACUCAUGCAGGGUAAAGGUGUGGCUAGAGGCGGGACCUUGAUAAAAGAUCCCAUGUGACUCAAAAGUAAGGAAAGAUGAGAAGUUAGCAGUUGCGUAAAGAAGGACUGGGGCAGAUGAGGAUUCAGGAAACUGGAGGUUUAAGAUAUUGAGAGGGAAAGGUGGAAAUGAAGGAGAGUGAAGUGAUGGAAUGAUCCUAGUAAAGUGAUAAUGGGAGUGGAGGAAGAGAAGAGGGGGUGGAAAACUAGAUACAUGGCUACCAAAUUAAGGAGGCAUCCUCAUCCAGAGGAAUCGGCAUUCUUCCUCACUUUGUCUUUUUCUAGAAAGCACUCCUGACGCCCAAUUUCCAUUGGAAGAAAAGAUGUACCCAUAUUGUAUGUUGUGAGAAGGGGUUGUCUCAGCUUGGGGAAGUAAGGAGACUGAUAGGAAGGAAGUAGGAAAGAAAAAGUACAGAAGGAAAAGAGCAUGGAAAAGGAAAGGUUCAGGGAUGAGGCCAAAGAGAUCUCUUUAAAGGUCAGAGAAGGCAGGUGGAGGGGGGAGCUGGACAGCUGGGAGAUAGUGAGGGACAAAGGGCAAAGGAAACCAGACCAGAGGACUGGAGAGUGAGAUGGGGUGAGAUGGAGUCCUGGAGAGAAAAAUAAGAGAGGUGAACUUAAUGCUUGUCAUAUGGUGGCCAGAAUGGAGUUGUGGCCAGGGGCAUGGAUGCUGCUGCUGCUGCUCUUCCUGCUGCUGCUCUUCCUGCUGCCCACCCUGUGGUUCUGCAGCCCCAGUGCCAAGUACUUCUUCAAGAUGGCCUUCUACAAUGGCUGGAUCCUCUUCCUGGCUGUGCUCGCCAUCCCUGUGUGUGCCGUGCGAGGACGCAACGUUGAGAACAUGAAGAUCUUGCGUCUAAUGCUGCUCCACAUCAAAUACCUGUACGGGAUCCGAGUGGAGGUGCGAGGGGCUCACCACUUCCCUCCCUCACAGCCCUAUGUUGUUGUCUCCAACCACCAGAGCUCCCUCGAUCUGCUUGGGAUGAUGGAAGUGCUGCCAGGCCGCUGUGUGCCCAUUGCCAAGCGUGAGCUACUGUGGGCUGGCUCUGCCGGGCUGGCCUGCUGGCUGGCAGGAGUCAUCUUCAUCGACCGGAAGCGCACGGGGGAUGCCAUCAGUGUCAUGUCUGAGGUCGCCCAGACCCUGCUCACCCAGGACGUGAGGGUCUGGGUGUUUCCUGAGGGAACGAGAAACCACAACGGCUCCAUGCUGCCCUUCAAACGUGGCGCCUUCCAUCUUGCAGUGCAGGCCCAGGUUCCCAUUGUCCCCAUAGUCAUGUCCUCCUACCAAGACUUCUACUGCAAGAAGGAGCGCCGCUUCACCUCGGGACAAUGUCAGGUGCGGGUGCUGCCCCCAGUGCCCACAGAAGGGCUGACACCAGAUGACGUCCCAGCUCUGGCUGACAGAGUCCGGCACUCCAUGCUCACUGUUUUCCGGGAAAUCUCCACCGAUGGCCGGGGUGGUGGUGACUAUCUGAAGAAGCCUGGCGGGGGUGGGUGAACCCUGGCUCUGAGCUCUCCUCCCAUCUGUCCCCAUCUUCUUCCCCACACCUACCCACCCAGUGGGCCCUGAAGCAGGGCCAAACCUUCUUCCUUGUCUCCCCUCUCCCCACUUAUUCUCCUCUUUGGAAUCUUCAACUUCUGAAGUGAAUGUGGAUACAGCGCCACUCCUGCCCCCUCUUGGCCCCAUCCAUGGACUCCUGCCUCCGUGCAGUCUCCACUCUUGACUCCCACCUCCUACUGUUUUGUCUGUGGGACAGUUGCCUCCCCCUCAUCUCCAGUGACUCAGCCUACACAAGGGUGGGGAACAUUCCAUCCCCAGUGGAGUCUCUUCCUGUGUGGUCUUCUCUCCCCCUCUACUCCACAUUGGCCAGUGGACUCAUCCAUUCUGUGGAACAAUUCUCCCCCACCCCAAAGUCCAUGGAUUCAAUGGACUCAUCCAUGUGAGGAGGACUUCUCGCCCUGUGGCUGGAAGCUGAUACCUGGAGCAGUCCUCCCAGGCUCAUCCUGGGAGCUUUCCUCAGCACCUUCACCUUCCCUCCCAGUGUAGCCUCCCGUCAGUGGGGGCUGGACCCUUCUAAUUCAGAGGUCUCAUGCCUGCCCUUGCCCAGAUGCCCAGGGUUGUGUACUCUCUGGGAUACCAGUUCAGUCUCCACAUUUCUGGUUUUCUUUGUCCCCAUGGUACAGUUCUUCAGUGGACCUGACCCCACUCAGCCCCCUGCAGCCCUGCUGCACCAUUUCACCAGACACAAGGGGAAGAAGCAGACAUCGGGUGCUGCGCUCACUUCUGCCCCCUGGGGAGUUGGGGAAAGGAACAAACCCUGGCUGGAGGGGAUAGGAGGGCUUUUAAUUUAUUUCUUUUUCUGUUGAGGCUUCCCCCUCUCUGAGCCAGUUUUCAUUUCUUCCCGGUGGCAUUAGCCAUUCCCUGCCUCUCGCUCCAGACCUGUUCCCACAACUGGGGAGGUAGGCUGGGAGCAAAAGGAGAGGGUGGGACCCAGUUUUGCGUGGUUGGUUUUUAUUAAUUAUCUGGAUAACAGCAAAAAACUGAAAAUAAAGAGAGAGAGAGAAA